GGAAGUGGAGCCGCUGGCUACGACCCCCAGUGGCGGCAGCUUCAAGUCGCGAUCGAGCACCGCGAGUCGGGCGUGAUCUGCGUGUGCUCUCUUUUGGCUGCGAAACGCACAGCGACUGCACUUGCACCACCGCCGGCUAAUUGAUUUCGAUCGAUCAUGGGCAAACCUCGGGGGCUGCGGACAGCGCGCAAGCACGAACAGCACCGCAAGGAACAGCGCUGGCGUGACAAGGACUACAAGAAGGCGCAUCUGGGCACCAGAUGGAAGGCAAACCCGUUCGGCGGCGCCUCGCACGCCAAGGGAAUCGUCCUCGAGAAAGUCGGCGUUGAGGCUAAGCAACCUAACUCGGCCAUCCGCAAGUGCGUCAGGGUGCAGCUGAUCAAGAACGGCAAGAAGGUGACCGCGUUCGUGCCCAGGGACGGCUGCCUCACCUACAUCGAGGAGAACGACGAGGUCUUGGUCGCCGGCUUCGGCAGGAAAGGACACGCCGUUGGUGAUAUUCCGGGUGUGCGCUUCAAGGUUGUCAAGGUGGCCAACGUGUCUCUGUGGGCGCUCUACAGGGGCAAGAAGGAACGGCCGCGUUCCUAGACUGUCUUUGAUUCUCCGUCUGCAUUCACUCGUGUCAAACAGAAUAAAACUUUUCACGAUAAA